GUCCAAUGACAUCAGAGGUUACGCAGUCAUUCGCUGUCAUUCAUUGGGAAGCUCUAUAUGGGAAGAGCGCCACGACUAUCUCUACGGAAUUAACGUUUUUUAAUGGGUCCCGUGUGACACCAGACUUGCUGCUGAGACGUGAAGCUCCGGCUGACUCCACUGGAUCACCGAGAUGUCAGAAGAAGCAAGCUCUUCGGAUGGGAAUGGCAAAGUCAGUCGGGUUAUCCGGAUUGGAACCCGCAAGAGCCAGUUGGCUCGAAUCCAGACUGACAGUGUUGCUGACAAGCUGAAAGAACUGUACCCAGACGUCCACUUGGAAAUCGUUGGCAUGUCAACAACGGGAGACAAAAUCCUUGACACAGCUUUAUCAAAGAUCGGAGAGAAGAGUUUGUUCACCAAAGAACUGGAGAAUGCUCUGGAGAGGAACGAGGUCGAUCUGGUCGUUCACUCGCUGAAAGACCUGCCCACCACUCUGCCGCCGGGAUUCACCAUUGGGGCAGUGCUGAAGCGAGAAAAUCCCUUUGAUGCAGUAGUCCUACACCCGAAAAACGCUGGAAAAACCCUCGACACACUACCGGAAAACAGUGUGAUCGGCACCAGUUCACUGCGACGGGCCGCUCAGCUGAAGAAGAGAUUCCCCCAUCUGGACUUCAAAGACAUUCGUGGAAACCUGAACACGCGGCUGAAGAAGCUGGAUGAGAAGGAUGACUUUGCUGCUAUCAUCCUGGCUGCUGCCGGCCUCAAACGAAUGGGCUGGGAGAGUCGCAUCAGCCAGAUCCUGAGUCCUGACGACUGUAUGUAUGCUGUGGGACAGGGGGCUCUGGCAGUGGAGGUUCGGGCCAGAGACACAGACAUCCUGGAGAUGGUGUCCGUCCUCCAUGACUCUGACACCGUGCUGCGCUGCAUAGCUGAGAGAGCCUUCCUCAGACACCUGGAGGGCGGGUGCAGCGUUCCAGUGGCCGUAUACACUGAAGUCAAAGACUCACAGCUCUACCUGACGGGGGCGGUGUACAGCCUGGAUGGCUCAGACAGCCUGAAGGAGACCAUGCAGACAGGCAUCACUGAUCUUAACAAGAUCCAAGAGGAGGUGGACGAGCGAGUCCAGAGAGUCGGGGUCACCGCCAGCAAGAUCUCCGGCCCAGCCCAGGACGGCGCUGAGAGGCUGGGCAUCGACCUGGCCAACCUGCUGCUGAGCAAAGGAGCCAAGGAGAUCUUGACGGUGGCCAGGCAGCUGAACGACGCCAGAUAAUGCCACCUGGACAAAGAGCGGGGCUCUGGAGAUGAGCAGUACCUAGAGUGCGAUCAGUUCCAGUCUUGAGUCAGAUAAUACUUGAAUCCCUUUUUAUAAGUUUCACUUUUGUUCGCCUGCUUGUAUGAAAGUGCCAGUUGGACAGUGCGUUGGCUUUUUUUAUGUUCCCUUGCACCACGUGUGCUUGAUGGUUGGCAGAUGAAGUACAGAUGAGGAUCUCAAACGCUGCUUUGACAAAGUCGUGUUUUUUGGGUGCUGUGAUUAGCUUGUUCAGUUUCUGCAAUCUGUUGCACUCUUGGUCUCGGCUCUAGCCUGUCCUCGUAUACCUCAUGGAAACAUCUCUUAACCUUGAGGGCUGCAGAAAACGGCACACCAGGAUUAUCAGAGAGAAACACAAAAUGGCCUUCAAACACUGUCGUCAGCACUCACAGUCAGUGACUGACAAUCUCACGCUUACACCGCUCAUUGUAAUGUAGGGGAAUACCACUGAAUUUUAGCAUUCAGUUCAGUUUUGUUUUGUUUUUUCAUUUAUAAGGACAGUUCGGUACAUGUAAAUGAACAUACACUGAGCAGGAGCAAGACAAAAAGAGUUGACCCUGACUCAGCUUCUUAGAGACUGAAUUGGAAAAGCUGAUUGAGGCAGUACCAAAGAUGAGUUUUUGGCCAUGCAGGUGCAUUUUCUGGUUCAGAGCAGGUUAUACUACAAUGAAAACCAGCUCAUUUGGGUGUAAAUGUUCAGAAAAGCAUUUUAUAUGUAUGCAAACUCGGCCCUCCAUUCAUUGUCAGCUUCAGGCUCAAUGGCUGAGAGGCGUUGGAGGACGACUAGGGCCUUUGUUUUGUGUCUCGCUUUGCAAAAACGUCUUUGCAAAUACUUUAUCAGAAUGACUGGUGUUGUCCAUGGAAAUAACGGAUGCAAAUUCUCAAAUUGAGCCGUAUUCUCUGUUACUGUGCCAGCUUGCUAAAAAGAUAACCCUUUCUUCCCCACAUGAACUUUCUUCAGCUCAGUGUUUUCAGCCGAUGAGGUUUACUGCUUUUAAGAAUGCACUACAGUAGCUACCUCUUUUACCGAGAAAUGAUAUGUAUUAUCCAGUAUGGUAAGUGUGAGGGAGCCUUUUAUUUGAUUCUGACUUCGUUAAAGUGAGGCUGUUUUGUGCAGCUUAGUGCAGCACAUACAGCACAUUAUCAGAGAAUAUCUGUUGUAACACUAGGGCUGCUAAGACAUGGACAUCCCUGCAUCUCUGUUUUCAAGUAUUUGUGCAGAUUUUAUUGUGCACUAGACCUCAGUAUAGCAGAACUUAGUCCUAUUUAUGCUUAGCUGACAUUGUUUUUUUGUUUGUUUGUUUGUUUGUUUUUUUCUUUCAAACUUGAUGCAGUACCGUUAAAAAAUGGCUUGUAAUAGCUGGUCAAUCAAACAAUAAGUCCAGUACUUUUUGUUGGAUUUUGAGUUGAGGUUCUGCAGGUGGCGCUCUUUUCUUUGUCUAUUCAGCCAGGUUGGCUCUCGCUGCUCAUGUUAACUACCCAGUAAUUCCUCUGUUUCUCUUCAAAGAAUACAGAAAGGUAAUAUGCAUCAACUGUUGUUAUUUGUUAUCACUGUUUUAUCACUCAGUGACAGAGAAGAGCAAUAGCAACAUGUAUUUAUAUGAAAAUGUUGCAGAUGAUUACUUAACCUUGUUAGUGUUUUUAUAGCUGUACAGCAACACACUCUAAAUUCACUCUAAAGCGUCGUGUAAAUGGCAUUUUAUGGUCUCAUUCAAGCCGAUGUCUUUUGUACUUCAGCCGCAACAAUCCACAAUUUUAGCAGGUUGCAUUUUUUCCAAGUAAAGGAUAAUUUAAUCAAUCUUUUGCAGCUUAAAUGACGUGUUGUAUUUCCAAAAGCAACACAAUUCCCAUCUCCCUGAGCACUGCAUGCCUUAAUAACUUUGGUUAAAUUAAACGAUGUGGAAGACUCAUCGUACAGUACCUCGUUCGCUGUGGAUUGUCAUCGUUUUUGUGCCUUUCUGUAACGUCUGUCGAAUCGCCUCAUCAUUAAAUACAACAUGUCAUUCAUAUCGAGUUAAACACAUAUUUGCCUUCAAGAUUACACAUGGCCAUGUCUGUUUUUAUUGGUAAAUCACAGUAGGCCUUCAUUAUGAGCUGUCUUGAUACCAUUCAUUGCAUCAAUAUACCCAUUUGUACAGUUAGCGUGAUACCAUUAUUAUAUUUUUUUAUCUUAUAGUUCUGUAUUGUAUAUUUUACUUAACUCGUAACUGUUUAUAAACUGAUCUGCUCCCAAGAUGAUGUGAGUGAACAUUAGCCAUACCUGUUUUCUUUUUCAGCUUUAAUUUCUGUGUAGGAGUAAUGUAGAACAGACCUGUAAUUGAAACCCCAGUGUUAAUAGUCAUUGUUGCCAUUGUUCAGCUAAUGAUAAAAUAUUGAUAUGACAUGGUAAAGUGGUGUUGUCAUUGUUGUGAAAAAUGUGUCAGAUAAAUAAUUGUCUUCAAAAAACAAAUGUCAAUAAAGCUUUGUGUGAUACCUGA